CAUCAGAUAGGAUGGCGAUAAUAAUAAAAUGUGAUCAUCCGGGAUUGCAUACGCAUGAAUGAGUGGAUGGAGCAUUGGACGACGAGCUGAGUGAGGCCGGGCUGCCACAAUCGCAGGCUGCAGCCCACAUCAGUGAGCCGUGAAGAGGCGCGGAGAGUCGCACGAAGCCAGGCUCCGACAUGACUCAAGAAGGGGCAGAUAUGACGGCGGAAACCGACUGUAUGAUAGACAGAGACGCGGGGAAUAAACCGGCGACCGGAGAAUCUUCCGGCAAUGUGAAAGAGAUGCGGGCGGUAAUGUUGUCAGGCUUUGGAGGGCUCAACAAACUCCGAGUGACCAAGAAGCUGAUGCCCGAGCCUCAGCGUGGCGAAGUCAAGAUCCGCGUUAAAGCAUGUGGUUUAAACUUCCUGGAUUUGAUGGUACGUCAAGGGACUAUUGAUAGUCCACCUAAACCCCCUCUUGUUCCUGGCUUUGAAUGUUGUGGGAUCGUGGAGUCCGUGGGUGAAACCACAGACAGAUUUGAGAUCGGAGACCGAGUUAUGGCUUUUGUCAACUACAAUGCCUGGGCAGAAGUUGUCUGCACACCAGAGGAGUUUGUCUACAAAUUGCCAGAUGAUAUGACUUUUGCUGAAGCUGCUGCCUUUGCGCUGAACUUCGUUGCUGCCUACAUGAUGCUCUUUGAGGUGGCCAACCUUAGAGAAGGAAUGUCGGUGCUGGUGCACUCAGCCGGGGGUGCUGUUGGUCAAGCUGUGGCUCAGCUGUGCGCCACUGUACCUAACAUCACCGUCUUUGGGGUGGCCUCAAGUUUGAAGCACGCUGCUAUCAGAGAUUCUGUGACUCAUCUCUUUGACAGGAAUACUGACUACAUACAAGAAAUCAAAAAGAUAUCUCCAGAGGGAGUUGACAUCGUCUUAGACUGUCUAUGUGGAGAAAACACAGGCAAAGGACUCAGUCUGCUGAAGCCAUUGGGAACGUACGUUGUCUACGGCGCAUCCAACAUGGUAACCGGGGAGACAAAGAGUUUCUUCAGCUUUGCAAAAUCUUGGUGGCAGGUGGAGAAAGUGAACCCCAUUAAACUGUACGAAGAGAACAAAGUCAUGGCAGGAUUUUCAUUGCCCAACCUCCUCUUCAAGCAGGGAGGAUCCAGCAGGGUAAAGUUGGUGAUGGACAAACUCUUGUGCCUCUACAACCAAAAGAAGAUCAAGCCAGUGGUGGAUUCUCUGUGGGCUCUGGAAGAGGUUGCAGCAGGGGCACCAGCCAAUCAGGAUGUAAGGUUAAAGAAGCCAUGCAGAGAAUUCACGACAGAGGCAAUAUUGGAAAGCUCAUUCUGGAUGUGGAGAAGUCACCUACUCCUUUGAUGGCUAGUGACAGCACUGAAACCAGCGAAGCAGGGGAAGAAGAAGAGGAGCCUGAGGGAGACAAUGACAGCAAAGAGCGCAUGCCUUUUAUCCAUUAGAACCACCAUGUACGUACAUGCCGUGGGGCGUCGCCACACAUCUUUACCUUGUAGGGUCACGUUGAGAGUAGUGUAGUGUUUGUGCAUGUAAUGUACUCAUGUAAGUAUUUAUCUUGUUUGUUACCUGUUGUUAUGAUGUUAUGAUGAGAAAAGGACCUGCCCAAUUUUAUGCAUAUGCUACAUGAUGUAGAUUUUUUUUUUUUUUUUGCAACAAUUUGGCAAUAAAUAAGCGUUUAACCCUGCUGACUUGCUAGAACCAUUUAA